AUGUGGGGAUCCGCAAUCCCACCCGAUCGAGACAAUCGACGCAACCCAUGGCAUGAGGACGACUAUCUUCGUGAUGGAAGGGAAGAGGUGGUAACACCGGACAACCAGAGUGAAGAAGAUAGCUCAGAUCGCGAGGGCCUGAAGCGUGCUGGUACCUGGGGUGAGAGAGACGCAGGGAAACUGGACACACGGGCUGCAGCAGAGGAUCUCGAGGUUCUGCGAGGCGAACUCGCGUCUCUUUCAAAUUCGCGUUCCCGGGGCGCGCAAUCGCAACGAUCAAACCCGCUUUCCAGGACCGUGAGCAGGGUCAGCGGCCGUCAGAGUCAGAGUCACCCUCGGGGAUCAAUUACACGCGCAGAGGAGGGUACAGGCGACGCAGAAGACGAUGAGCCGGGGGAUAUUGGUGCCGCUGCUGCGCCGGCAGAGAAAGAAGACGACUUCGAACUCGAUGAAUUCAUGCGCGAGGGCCAUUUCGAGAAGCGCAAGGACGGUCAAUCAGCAAAGAAAGUCGGUGUCAUCUACAAGAACCUUACCGUCAAGGGUGUAGGAUCGACCGCUUCGUUCGCAAGGACGCUGCCCGAUGCGAUACUAGGAACAUUCGGGCCUGACCUUUACAAAAUCGUUACGGGCUUUGUACCUGCGUUGAAGCUUGGCAGGCACAAACAGAUGAGGACACUCAUCCAUGACUUCUCAGGUGUAGUCAAAGACGGUGAGAUGAUGCUUGUUUUGGGACGACCCGGAUCCGGAUGUUCGACAUUCCUGAAAGCCAUAUCCAACAAUCGCGAAUCCUACGCCGCUGUGGAAGGCGAUGUGUCCUAUGGAGGUAUCCCAGCCGGCAAGCAAAAGAAGCAGUUCCGUGGCGAAGUCAACUACAACCCCGAAGACGAUUCCCACAUGGCCGAUCUCAACGUGUGGCAAACGCUCAAAUUUGCUCUCACCAACAAGACCAAGAAGAACGAGAAGCACGAGAUUCCCAUCAUCCUUGAAGCCCUCCUAAAGGUCUUUGGUAUAUCCCACACGAAGUAUACUAAAGUCGGAGAUGAAUACGUCCGUGGUGUCAGUGGAGGUGAACGCAAGCGCGUCUCCAUUGCCGAGACUCUCGCCACCAAGAGUUCGGUCAAUUGCUGGGAUAACAGUACUCGCGGUCUUGACGCUAGUACCGCGCUCGACUACGCUAAAUCGCUGCGUAUCAUGACCGAUAUCAGCAAUCGAACUACGCUAGUAACCCUUUACCAAGCUGGUGAACAGAUCUACGAGGUCAUGGACAAAGUCAUGGUUAUCGAUGCAGGUCGAUGUAUCUAUCAGGGACCUGCAAACGAAGCCAAGCAGUACUUUGAGGACCUUGGAUUCAAGUGCCCGGAACGUCAGACUACCGCUGAUUUCCUGACCGCCGUUACUGAUCCCACCGAGCGGCAAUUCCGCCCCGGUUUUGAAGACAAAGCACCGAAGACAUCUGAGGAAUUAGAAAGGGCUUUCAGGGAGAGUGACGCAUACAAGAAGGUAUUGAGAGAGAUCUCCGAAUACGAGGCUGAGCUCGAGGCCAGUGGCUACGUGGACGCCAAAGAGUUCGAGGGUGCCGUACGCGAGAGCAAGAGUAAAACGGUCCGCAAGAAGAGUCCGUACACGGUCUCGUUCAUUCGACAGGUUAUAGCCUGUACUCAGCGUGAGUUCUGGCUCACUUGGGGCGACCAGACUACGCUGUACACCAAGUUCUUCAUCAUCAUCUCAAACGGUCUCAUCGUCGGUUCGCUAUUCUACGGUCAAUCUCUCGAUACCUCGGGCGCUUUUUCGCGAGGUGGCUCCGGUUUCUUCUCCAUUCUCUUCCUCGGAUGGCUCCAGCUUUCGGAGCUUAUGAAGGCCGUUUCUGGUCGCAAUGUCGUCAAGAGACAUGAAGAUUACGCAUUCUAUCGCCCAAGUGCUGUGGCUAUUGCGCGUGUGGUACAAGACUUCCCGCUUUUGUUGGCGCAGGUCAUUCCAUUCUCCAUCAUCAUGUACUUCAUGACUGGUCUCGACGUCGACGUAUCCAAGUUUUUCAUCUACUUCCUGUUCAUCUAUACUACGACCUUCUGCAUUACAAGUCUUUACCGCAUGUUUGCCGCCCUCUCUCCAUCGAUUGACGACGCUGUACGCUUUGCUGGUAUCGCGCUCAACCUCUUGAUCAUAUACACCGGUUACGUUAUUCCGAAGCCACAGCUUCUGACUGAUUACAUCUGGUUCGGAUGGAUCUAUUGGAUUAAUCCAGUCGCGUAUUCUUUCGAGUCAGUGCUCGCCAACGAAUUCUCCGACCGUGUUAUGGAGUGCGCGCCCAGCCAACUGGUACCCCAAGGACCUGGCAUCGAUCCUGCAUACCAGGGCUGCAGCUUGACUGGUGCACCGCCAAAUUCUAACACCGUCCCUGGUUCAGACUACCUCCAGGUAUCUUUCAACUAUUCGAGGUCGAACCUCUGGCGCAACUUUGGUGUCGUGAUAGCUUUCUCGGUGCUCUACCUUCUGGUGACCGUGAUCGCAACCGAGACUGUAUCCUUCGCAGCCUCAGGUGGCGGUGCGUUGGUUUUUGCCAAGAACAAGCGGGCUAAGCAAGCGGUCAAGGAGGAGGCUCCUGCUGAUGAGGAGAAGAUAGCCGCUGGCGAGUCCGCCUCAAGCUCACACACUGCUGCUCAUGAAGAGGAAGAAGCGUUGGAGUCUAUUUCGAGCAGUGAGAGUGUCUUCACCUGGAAGGAUGUUGAGUACACUGUCCCAUACCAGGGAGGUGAACGCAAGCUUCUGAACAAGGUUAAUGGGUACGCAAAGCCUGGUGUCAUGAUCGCUCUUGUUGGUGCCUCCGGUGCUGGUAAGUCGACCCUGCUCAACACGCUUUCGCAGCGACAAUCUACUGGUGUCGUUUCGGGUGAGUUCUUGGUGGAUGGUAAGGAUCUUGGCAAGGCUUUCCAGAGAGGCACCGGGUUCUGUGAGCAAAUGGAUCUUCACGACGGCACUGCUACGAUCCGUGAAGCUCUGGAGUUCUCUGCCAUCCUUCGUCAAGACAAGAGCACACCGAGGAAGGAGAAGCUCGACUACGUUAACAAGAUCAUCGACCUCCUCGAGCUGCAAGACAUCCAAGACGCACUAGUUUCUAGCCUAGGCGUGGAGCAGAAGAAGCGUCUUACGAUCGGUGUUGAACUUGCUGCGAAGCCUUCUUUGCUACUGUUUCUAGACGAGCCAACCAGUGGUCUUGACAGCAACUCGGCAUACUCCAUUGUUCAGUUCCUCAAAAAGCUUGCUCAGGCAGGUCAGGCUAUUGUCUGCACCAUCCACCAACCUAGCAGCGUUCUGAUCCAGCAAUUCGACAUGAUUCUCGCCCUCAACCCAGGUGGCAACACGUUUUACUUCGGCCCAGUAGGCGAGAAUGGGCGCGAUGUUAUCAAGUACUUUGGCGACCGUGGUGUACAGUGCCCACCCAGUAAGAACGUGGCAGAGUUCAUCCUAGAAACUGCUGCGAAGCCUGUCAAGCGCAAGGACGGCAGCAAAAUCAACUGGAACGAAGAGUGGCUCAAUUCCGACAACAACAAGCAGAUGCUCCAGGAGAUCGACCGCGUGAAGACGGAGCGUAGCAAGAUCUCCGACCAGAAUCAAGAUGGUGGAGCUGAGGAGUCCGAGUUCGCGGCGAGCGUCUGGGAGCAAACCACCAUGCUCACCAAGCGCACAUUCAUCCAGUACUGGCGCGACCCGUCUUACCUCUACGGCAAACUCUUCGUCGCAGUCAUCAUCGGCAUCUUCAACGGUUUUACCUUCUGGCAACUCGGCAACUCCAUCGGCGACCUCCAAAACCGCAUGUUCACUGCUUUCCUUAUUAUCCUCAUCCCGCCCACCAUCGUCAACGCUGUCGUACCCAAAUUCUACCAGAACAUGGCCCUGUGGCAAGCGCGUGAACUUCCUUCCCGUAUCUACGGCUGGGUUGCUUUUACGACUGCGCAAGUUGUUGCUGAGAUCCCCAUCGCCAUUGUGUCAAGUGUGCUAUACUGGGUUUUGUGGUACUUCCCGACUGGAUUACCGACCGAUAGCUCGACUUCUGGAUACGUUUUCCUGAUGACCAUGUUGUUCUUCUUGUUCAUCUCCAGUUGGGGUCAGUGGAUUUGUGCGUUCGCGCCGUCCUUUACUGUCAUCUCGAACGUUUUGCCUUUCUUCUUUGUCAUGUUCGGUUUGUUCAACGGUGUUGUACGACCGUACGAGAUGAUGCCAGUGUUCUGGAGAUAUUGGAUGUAUUACGUAAAUCCUUCAACGUACUGGAUUGGUGGUGUACUCUCUGCCACGCUGACUGGCAUUCCUGUUCAGUGCCAGGAGAGUGAGACUGCCAUCUUCGAUGCACCACCAGGCCAAAGCUGUUCCUCUUACGCCGGCGCCUUCGCUUCCGCCUCCCCUGGCUACCUGCUAAACCCUGAAGCCACAAGUGGUUGCCAGUACUGUCCUUACUCUGUUGGAGACGACUACCUGGCUACCAUCAAUGUCAAAGCCAGCGACAAGUGGCGCGACUUUGGUAUCUUCCUUGCCUUUUGCAUUAGCAACUGGGCGCUUGUUUACUUCUUCGUCUGGUCCAUUCGAAUCAAGGGAUGGAAGUUCGGAUUUGGGAUGGUAGGCAAUGGUGUUGGGAAGGCUAAGAAGAUGCUCGGUGGAAAGAAGAAGGGUGAGGGAAAGGCCUAA